AUGGCGAAAACUGGAAGAGUGAACUUUGACCUGGAACAGUUGUAUGUGGAGGAAUAUAUGGAUGUGCUCAUGUAUUACAAAUGUUGUAGACUGGGACGUACCGCGUUGUUCCUGAUGCAAAGAACUGAUGACAGUGAAGUGGUCUUCAAUAAUGGGAAAUGGAGCUCCUAUACUCAACAACUGAAGAGGCCCAAAACUAGAAAGCUAUCAUGUACGAAAACGGUACAAAAUAAAAAAUAUAUUUCUGUUAACUAUGGAAGAAAAGCUGAAUUUUGUGAAACUACAAAAAGAAAAAUUCAUUGAAGAACACAAAUGGAAAUAUAUCAAAAAAAGGUUCAGCUGUUAGAUUUACAGAUCAAUGCAUUAUAUAAGUAGAAAACAAAUGAUUUAUUUUGUUAAUUUCUGGAAUAUUUUCACUUCCACUCAUUUUUUUUGUAUUUCGCAUUUUUGAGGACAAUAUGUUAUUUUAAUAAUGAACUGUUUUCA